UCAAAAUAAUACAUAUCGGACAUUGCGGAGGCUCAGUCGUUUGCAUUACUUCUGCAGAGCUAGUCUAGAAUUUAUCUAGAUAUUUCUAAGACGUUCGCUUUAAUACUUAUAAUUAUUACAGCCGCUCUUGUACUGUGUUCAAAAUGAAUUUGGAGAUAUUUGUUAGUGUUUUAUUUCUUGGUUUAGUUCUCGCCUUACCCCCUGGCAGCGAUAAAGUCUACCGCCCCGACUACGUAUACAAUAAGAGAACAGAUGCCUUCUACAAGCUAAACAUAGCCCCAACAUCCAAUCGUCGAGCUAGAGACUUGUGCAAGGUUGAGGGGGCACAACUGAUGGUGCCGUCCAGCAAGGAAGACAUUGCCAUGGUUCAUGGGGCAAUGAAGAAGUAUCCAGAUAUUGGUGAUUACGUGUGGAUCGGUGAUGACGGUGAACCACACGACCCUGCUGAGGAUGCUCCUAUUAUUGAUUUGAGUGAGGAAGAGAGACGCCCUGGUGACAGGGACUGUGACGUGGUCACCCGAGAUGGUGAAAUAGAGACUGAGUCCUGCUAUCGUAGUAAACCGUUCGUGUGUAAAGUGGAAGCCAAAGAUGCAGUUUACGAUACGCAAUGUGGCGUUUAUGGUGCAGGCUACAAGUACUAUGAAAACGUGCGCAGCUGCUACAAAGUCCCCAACAUACCUUUGACCUGGGACCAGUCGUACGCGGAGUGCCGGGCGGAGGGCGCACACCUCGUGGUCCUCAACUCAGAGGCCGAACAGCGUGCCAUCGAAGAGUUCCUCAGGACAGCCCCAAAGGUCGAAGGAGCGCAUACUUCAUACUUCUACUAUGCUGGGAUCAGAGCCAAUCGCCAUGCUGAUAAGAGUGCCAGAGUGUUUAGGACUAUUUUCAACGAGACCCUGGAGGAGGCAGGCUACAGGCAGUGGUCGGACGGCGAGCCCAACAACCACAACGACUCCGAGUACUGCGGCACAAUAUUCUCCAACAACGGGAAAUAUAACGAUGUAGACUGCUCCCUUAACUUUGGAUUCAUAUGCGAGAAAGAAGUUACUCCUAAAUAAUACAUUAAAGUAUAAAAUACAUA